AUGUCGCUCCCAUGGGUGGAUGAGUUGAAGAAGAUCAUCAAAGAUGAGGAGAUGCAGAUUAACCAGAAAGCCUCAAGAGCUAUGAAUGUGCUCAAGAGUGCAGGCUUGGCUUACAAUGCCAAGCUGAGGCCCAAUCAGAUCCUGGUUCAUGUUGCCAACCGGGGUGGUCAAAUGGUUAACCCCCAUGAUGUGGUAGCCAAAGGCCAGCAGAUCUCAGCUGUUGGGUGGGACUUGAACAAGGUUCGGCAAUCUGUGGCAAUUGAACUGCCUCAUGAUGGGGACAAGAGAAGUGCAGUGAUUGCAGCAAAUGAAAAACUGGCUGACCAAAGGUCAGGCAUGUUGGCAAGACCUUUUGGAGAAGAGCGGUAUUGCAGCCUGAGUUCUUCCCACUUGACAGCAUUCCUGAGGUGCUUGGAAAGUGGCUGCAGGAUGGGCAAUGACCAGCUGUCCAUGGAGCAGCUCAUGGCACAAGGAGGCGACCUACAGGAGAUGGUGCAAAGUGGAUGGCAGUGGACAAUUAUUUCAGCCAAGGCUGAGGAAGAGUGUCCAUCUCUUCCUGGUUUGCUUCAGCAGGCCUACAACAGUGACCAUGGUAUUGUGAAGCCUCCUACAGAAUUGGAGGUUGCCAUGACCAUUGCGCAGCACUAUGAGCUACAAGCUCCUGGGCAGAAAGACUUGGACAAAGCUGUGCAGCAGGCAGCCUCCAGCUUUCCACCUUGCAAGGCCUACAUCAAAUGCAUUGGUGACUUUGUUUCCAGGUUUGCUGGAGGAGAGAGCUUCAAGCUGCUGAAAUAUCUUGAUUUCAUUU